CUUCUUUUCGUCAUCAAAAAAAAAAAAAAAAAAAGCUACUCCCGACUUCAUCCAAUAAAAUAAAACGCAUAUAAAGGAUAUUUUUUUUUAAAAUACUUGGUAAGCAAUAGAAAAAAAAAAAAAUGUUGUGUGUUAUAUGUACAUGUAUAUGUUGGUGGGAUGGAAUGAACAAGGGUGGAAAGAUAAUAUAAAGUAUAUUAACUUGAAAAUAUAUUCAAGAUAAAAAGAGUUAAUUAAUGUCUGAAUCAACAACUGUACGAACUGAAAUUAAUCAAAAAACUAUAAAUACAGAAGAGGCUGAAAUGAAUAAUUCUAAACGUGCAGCUAGUUCAGAAAUUGAAGAUGGUAGAGAGACUAAGACGAUUAAACUAGAAAAAAUUGAAUCAACUACUUCUACAGAUGAAACUAUCAAUUCUGAUGCUCAAUCUGAAACUACAGUAAUAACUAGUAAUACUGAUACUGACUCUGUUACUAUCACGCAUCCUAUUUUGAAUACAGCUACUUCUAAUACUACUACUACUACUUUGGAAGCUCCUGAUACCAUUAUGAACGAUAUCAAGCCUAAAAAUAGAACUAUGGCUACUGCGGAUGAUAAUAUGAAUUCACCUGCCAACUUACCCGGAUCUCCUGAUUCUGAUAAACAAAGCAAUGAUAAUGUAACUCCAUCUGAACCCAACUACUCAGAGAACAAGAAUGAUGGGAAUAAAGAAAAGGGGCAAGAAAAAGAAGAAGAAGAAAGAUCACAGCAGUCCCAAAACUCUCAGCAAAUGAAAUCUAACGAGAAUGAGGGUACACAAACUAACACUGAGAAUGAUAGAAACCCUAUUCCCACUAAUAAUAAUAAUAAUAAUCAAUCACAAGUGAAUACCACACAUAUCUUAAGUAUCGCACAGGGUGCACAUCCUCCUCCACCUGGUUUGCAUUUAUUAACUGACCCUCAACAACAACAAUUACUUCAAUCUUAUGUGCAAGCACAAGGACAGGACCUUAGUAAUUUAACGGCCUCUUCUUUAGCACAAGCUAUGGUCUCUCCUAUCCCAGUACCUAGUCUUGCUUCUAACUUUUUUCAACAAUUUCAACAAUCAGGUAAUGUCAUCACUGCUUUACCAGGCCCGCCUCCACAAAUGUCCCAUCCAGCUCCUACUGCUUUACAGCCUAAUAAUGGAGCUCCAGCAGCAGUUGCAGUUGCAGCUGCACCUAACGGGCCUCUUACAGAGGAGGGAGCAAAGAGGCCUAAUACACGUAGUUUAUCAAAUGAUGAACGACGUCAACGUCGUCUAUUGAGGAAUCGUGUAGCAGCCAAAGAAUGCCGUAAAAAGAAGAAACAGCAUAUUCAAGAUAUGGAAGAAAAGAUUGUACGACUUGAAGAAGAAAACGCCAAAUUAGUAAAAGAAGUAGAAGAAUUAAAAGAAAAAUUAUCUUCAUUAAAUUCAAUGCAGGGAUCUGAAAGUUAUCGAUUAAUGAAGGAAGUAGAGGAAUUAAAUGCAAAGUUAGGUAUGGGAGGUCCUUUACCUUCGAGCCAUGUAUUGCCUGUCUUGACAGGUCAAUCAACAGAUGAUAAUAAACAAAUUCAGCAGCAUUCAGUAGAUACACCCUCUACUAACAAUCAUAGUCUUUCUUCUUCUUCUCCUCAUGAAAAUAAUAAAGAAAUGGCUGAAGCUAUUAAAGAAAGAGAACGUAUGAAAGUAAAUGAAACAACAGCAACAAUAGAAACUAUUAAUAAUAGUAAUGACACUGACACUACCAUGAACAAAGCCCCUAUAGUGAAUGAUGAUAAUUAUAGUAACAAAGAUGAAAACAUUGUUUCAUUAAAAAGCACGUCAACAACGCUUUUACCUAAUCCCCCAGAAAUUGAAGCAAGACAGCAGCAAUCAAACUCUAUUAUAAAUAAUAAUUUGGAGACAAAUACUACUACUCCAACAACAGUAGCAGCAGCAACAAUAGCAUCAUCAACUACAACAAAUUUCUAAUAUAUUUUAAUUAUUUUUUUUUCUAUAAUAAAAAAAAAAAAUAUCAAUAAUUUACUUUCGGAGUCCGUGAUAUGAUUUAUUUUUAC